AUGAUGCGAACACUUCCUAGUGAGGAAAGCUUCGGUGAAGAAGAUGAGCUGCGAUUCGUUGUAGAGAAUCUAGGGUUCUCUGGUUCAAAAAUCAUAUCAACAAUGACGUUUUGGUGGCCUUUGCUCGUUCUCGCAUUCGCUUUCGUGAUCUGUAGGUUCCUUCUGAUGCUCAUUCCUUCCAAUGUUCCUUCUAUCGACGUGGACGCUUCUGAUGUGUUGGAUGAUGGAAAUCAAACCAAGGAAAACAGCUUCAUAUAUAUUCCUUCCAGAAGGCAGACUGAUAAAGUACAAUGCUACGAGCCUGCAACGAUGAAGUACCUUGGUUACUACCCUGCAUUGAAACCUGAUGAGGUCAGGGAGCGUGUGACCCAAGCAAGGAAGGCUCAGAAAAUAUGGGCAAAGAGUAGCUUCAGGCAAAGACGCCAGUUUCUGCGGAUACUUCUUAAGUAUAUUAUUGAACAUCAAGAGCUUAUAUGCAACAUAUCUUCACGUGAUACUGGAAAGACAAUGGUCGAUGCUUCCUUGGGGGAAAUAAUGACAACCUGUGAGAAGAUCACUUGGCUUCUUGCAGAGGGUGAGCGGUGGCUAAAGCCUGAAUACCGGUCUUGUGGGAGAUCAAUGCUUCACAAGACAGCCAAAGUGGAAUUUCACCCCCUUGGUGUAAUUGGUGCUAUUGUUUCGUGGAACUAUCCAUUUCAUAAUAUAUUUAAUCCGAUGUUAGCAGCUGUCUUUUCAGGGAAUAGUAUUGUGAUAAAGGUUUCAGAGUAUGCUAGUUGGUCUGGAUGUUUCUAUAUGCGAAUAAUCCAACAAGCCCUUGCUGCUGUAGGAGCUCCUGAAAAUCUGGUUGAAGUAAUUACGGGGUUUGCUGAAACUGGAGAAGCACUAGUGUCCUCGGUUGACAAAAUUAUAUUUGUUGGAUCACCAGGUGUGGGCAGAAUGAUAAUGAAAAAUGCUGCUGAUAAGUUGAUACCCGUUACCCUUGAGCUAGGAGGAAAAGAUGCGUUUAUUGUCUGUGAGGAUGUAGACGUGCCUCAUGUUGCACAAAUUGCUGUUAGGGCUGCUCUCCAAUCAAGCGGACAGAAUUGUGCUGGGGCUGAGAGAUUUUAUGUUCAUCGGGAUGUUUAUUCUUCAUUCGUCGCUGAAGUGGUCAAAAUUGUAAAAUCUGUUACAGCUGGCCCUCCACUGGCUGGAAAGUAUGACAUGGGAGCCAUAUGUAUGCAAGAACAUUCUGAAAAGCUUCAGAGUCUUGUAAAUGAUGCCUUAGACAAAGGGGCUGAAAUUGUUGGCCGGGGAAGUGUUGGCAAUAUAGGUGAAGGUGCUGUUGAUCAAUACUUUCCUCCCACUGUUAUUGUAAAUGUAAACCACACAAUGAAGUUGAUGCUGGAGGAGGCUUUUGGACCAAUUAUGCCAAUAAUGAAAUUCAGCUCCGACGAAGAGGCUGUCAAGCUUGCAAAUGAUUCCAAGUAUGGGCUUGGUUGCGCUGUGUUUUCUGGCAGUCAGCACCGUGCGAAACAUAUAGCUUCCCAGUUACAUUGUGGAGUUGCUGCAAUCAACGACUUUGCAUCAUCUUACAUGUGCCAGUCACUGCCAUUUGGUGGUGUGAAAGACAGUGGAUUUGGAAGGUUUGCUGGUGUAGAAGGAUUGAGAGCUUGCUGUCUUGUAAAAUCUGUUGUGGAGGAUAGAUGGUGGCCUUUCAUCAAAACUAAGAUUCCAAAGCCUAUUCAGUACCCUGUUGCGGAGAAUGGCUCUGAGUUUCAAGAAUCACUUGUAGAAGCACUCUACGGCUUGAAUAUCUGGGACCGUUUGCGGGCAUUGGUGAAUGUUAUCAAAAUCCUUGCAGAACCGAAUUCGCCUACCAGCAAUAAGAGAAGAAAUGAGUGAGCACUAUUAUGCUAUCUAGCUGGCAACAUAUUCACUGGUUUUCUGACUAAACAAGGCACUUACCGUCAAUCUAGCUCAGGUGAGAUUCAAAUUUCAAAAACUAAAAGAGUGAGGCAACAUUUGGGGAACUUUUUAUUGUUGUCUUUUUGGCAUAAAAUGUAUUGCUUUCCCUCCCUUUUUCCAUCCUACUUGCCCUUGGCUUUAUUAAUUUUUCAUCUCAUAAAACUCUAAAACCCAC